AUGUCCGACCUCUGCCCGGUGUACGCUCCCUUUUUCAGUGCAAUGGGAUGCACCAGCGCUAUCGUGUUUACUUGUGCUUAUGGUACAGCAAAAUCUGGUGUCGGCAUUUCUGCAAUGUCAGUGCUACGCCCUGAUUUGAUGAUGAAGUGUGUCGUUCCCGUUAUUAUGGCUGGUAUCAUUGCUAUCUAUGGCUUGGUUGUUUCCGUCCUUAUUGCCGGUGACUUGAGCGUCACCAUGUCUCUCGCACAAGGUUUCGUCCAGUUGGGUGCUGGUCUUUCCGUAGGUCUUGCCGGUUUGGCCGCUGGUUUCGCUAUCGGUAUUGUUGGAGACGCUGGAGUACGGGGAACUGCUCAGCAACCUAGAUUGUUCGUCGGCAUGAUUUUGAUCCUCAUUUUCGCUGAAGUGCUGGGUCUCUACGGUCUCAUUGUCGCACUUAUCAUGAACACCAGCGGUUCGGAUAUGAAAGGCGUGGUACGUAAAUCCUUCCUGCUUGUUACUGUUGCUCAAUCAUUGCUGUCAGUGUGCAUAAAUUGCUAUUGGGACAAGGUGGCGACAGGGUUUUCGUUUUUGCGCACUGGACACCAAGUCACCCUACUUAGGCCAUGCUGGUUUUCAUAUAAUGAUUCAUAUUCUCUUCGCCGCUCUGAUAUGUCUGCAAAUACCCAAAAUACUUAUUGA